AUGAAGAUCUUAGCCUUGUUGAUGUGUAUAGCAGUACAAAGGGUCAUCUCCAGGCCAAUAACGCUGAUGUUGCCAUGCGACGAAAUUGACCUUCAGGACAUAAACAUAACAACGAAGGGGCAAAUACUGGUGAAUUCAGCUACACAGAUCUACGAGGCAACGGAAGGGAACAUGAUACACAAAAUAAUGUUCUACAACCAGAUAUUAUACUCGGCAGAGAGGAAUGACACGGCGACGAUGAGGAAAGUGUUUGUGGAGGCCACAAAAACGGACACCUUGAUGGCAAUAGAGACGAAAUAUCCAAAUGGGUUGGAUAUGCAGUACUUCAGAAUCGACGGCCACGACGCAAUAAAAAUAACAUUCCUUCAGACUACUGCACAGAACGUGAAGAUAGCAAAAACAAACAUGAAAAGUAAAAAAACAAAAACGUAUGUGUGGAGAGCCGAACAUGUGGGAACUAAAAAGUGUACAAAAAGACGAAAUUAA